UUAGAGCCAUUGAUUCAUUCUUGGCGGCAUUUUUCUCAUUUCCCGCACCCUCGUCUCUGCUUAUCUUCAAAGCUAACCAUGAAGACGCCGGAGGAGAUGGAGGCUGGCCGCGGAGUUGCUCCCAAGAACCAGACCUUUGAGAUAAUAUUGGGUUCAUCUUCGAUGGCGCGUCGAGAGAUUCUAGAUGAGAUGGGCUACGAGUUCACCAUCAUGACUGCAGAUAUAGAUGAAAAAAGUAUCAGAAAGGAAAAGCCAGAGGACCUUGUUAUGGCCCUAGCUGAGGCAAAGGCUGAUGCUAUUGUGACGAGGCUCCAGAGUAGUUACCAACUGGAGGAAAUAUCGCGCCCUACACUGCUAAUUACUGCAGAUACAGUGGUGGUGUAUCAAGGGACUAUUAGAGAAAAGCCAUCAAGCGAGGAGGAAGCACGCCAGUUUAUCAGAGACUAUUCUGGUGGUUCUGCCCAAGUUGUGGGUUCAGUACUUGUAACCAAUCUGGUGACAGGUAGUAGGAAAGGAGGAUGGGAGAGUGCAGAGGUUUAUUUCCUAGACAUACCAGACGAAGUCAUUGAUAGCCUGAUUGAGGAGGGAAUAAUCUUUAACGUUGCUGGAGGGUUGAUGCUUGAACAUCCACUGACAUGGCCAUUGGUAGACACUGUGAUCGGAACUGCUGAUUGUGUAAUGGGGCUCUCAAAAACUCUCACAGAGAAACUCAUUCAGGAAGCUCUAUAGAAAUUCAAGAUUCUUUAUAUCUUAGUUUGUAACUAGUCUUUUGGUUGUGUUGAGCAAAUUACUACUCGUUCCAACUCAACAUAUUCCCUAUGGCUAUGGCUAUAUGGCUUGUCGAAUGUGAAGAUAGUUGUUAGAAACAGAAACUGGCGAGCCGCAACAAAUACAAUUGCUUCAAGUUUAUGAAAGCCUUCAUUUACAAGAA